UCAAAGUUCGCUCCGAGUCACGUUUAGCAAUGUUACUCGAAAUGUCGUCGUUAUCCAGUAAGCAAUUAAUAGUGGGAGGGCUCGCUGUAGCUGCUGUCGGUGGUAGUAUAUUAUGGUAUAGAUCAAGAAGAAAGGCUCGACAUGGGGAGAUGGUCGCAGUGGGCAAAGUAUCGGCCAUGUUCCUGCAUCCAGUUAAAUCUUGUAGGGGUAUAGAAUUGUCGAGUGGACGUUGCACCAAAAUGGGGUUGAGAAGUGGACCACUGAAAGAUAGGCACUGGAUGGUGGUUAAUGCAGAUAAUGUAUUUAUAACUGCUCGUCAAGAGCCAAGGAUGGUGCUUAUUAAAACCGCCUUAUCUGAUGAUGAGAAGUACCUUCAGUUGGAUGCACCUGGCAUGCCUACUUUGAAAAUACCAAUAAAUAUGAACGAAAUUCCAAAAAAUGAACAAGAAGUUAUCACAACGAGAGUUCAUAGAACAGAGUGUAAAGGCAGAUAUUGUGGAGAAGUGGCUGAAGUAUGGCUAAGUUCAUUUUUAGAUAAACCCAAUUUUAAGCUUAUUUAUUUGGAGAACUUAUCACCAAGGCUUUUUGCUGAAGAUCCUUUAUUGGGAACACUUGGUGAAGAAGGUGAUAUUAUUCCGUAUAUGGACAGUACUCCUUAUAUGGUGAUCAGUCAAAGCUCGCUGGAUGACUUAAAUGGGAAACUUGAAACUAGCGUGACUGCUAAGCAUUUUCGACCAAACUUUGUCUUAUCAGGAAUGGAGCCAUUUGAAGAGGACAAAUUCAAAUAUUUGAAAUUAGGAAAUGCAACAUUAAGAUUUGUUAAAUUCUGUCAAAGGUGUAAGAUAACCAAAGUUGACCCAGAAACAGGUAUUAUGCACAACUCUGAGCCAUUGGAAACCCUUCAAAGUUAUCGUAAGUGUGAUGAAGAUUGUCCUGAGAAAUAUGUUUAUAAGGAACAGCCAUUAUUUGGAAUAAAUAUGGCUAUUGAUGUACAGGGGACAGUCUGUGUUGGUGACACAGUGUAUGCUUCUUAUAAAUGAGAGCAAGAAUUCUGCGCAAACAUUUUAAACAAAGAUUGUCAUGUUCUGUUUCCUUAAAAACAAUAUGACUUUCUCAUAGCAUAACCCUUCUUUGGUGGCCAUUUUGGUUUUGAAAACUAGUUUGGGGACUCUAACAAAAUAAUUUAGCAAAGUAUGUGAACAAUGACCAUCAUUACUGGUAUGGACCAUUGUUAAAACAACAACCACAAGUCAGUUUUUAUGUGAAUAAUGUUUCAUUGAAUGAAAAGCAGCUCAUAUUAAAUAAAACACAUCAAAACUUGCCUUCUAUGUAUUUAAAAAAUAUAAAUAAUAAAGGUGAUGUAAAUAUGCUUGGUGUUGAUUUAUAUUAUACAGCUGCCUAAAAACAGGAUUUAUCAGCUAAAAGUGGAAAUAUAGUAACAAACUGUAUAUUCAAUAAUCACUGGAGCUCCAUUAUGAACAGUUGAUUUACCUUCAUCAUUUUUUCAUAAGCUUGUUAUAAAAUCUGCUAGAAGGAAUUUUCUGUGACUGUGUGAUCUGAAAUGUUUGUUUUAUCAUCAUUGGUAUAAGUAUUACCAUUAUCACAAAUAAAAACUACAGCAU